AUAAGCACCACAAGAAAAAAUAAAAUGUAUACACAGACGUCCAUUUACAAAAUAAAUUAAUUUAAAAUAAAUGGACAUGAAUUCUCACAUUUCACUAAUAGACUUGUCUAAACAAUUCCCAUUUGAAAUAGAUAACCGAUUGAAGGAUGAAAUAUGUUUCGGUGAAACACUGAUUAUAAGUUGUGGUCAUUAUGAUGGCGAUAUUGCUGAGGACUUAUCAGACUCGGAAUGGUCAUGUGAGGGGAGUGCAGAAAGUGAAAUUAAUAUCGUAGCAAAAGAUGACACAGUAUUGGAAAUUAAAGAUGGCGUGAUGGUAAAAGCGGUGGACGAACAAAUUGUCGAAGAAGAGAAUAAUUUCCAAUUCUAUUUUUUUCCUGCUUGUAAUAAACCUAUAUCUCCCAAGGACAGCAAAGCAAGUUUAAUUAUUGUGAAUGGGCUACCGCAAAUAAAUACUACUAAGAAAAAUCAAAUAUACUGCACAUGUAAAGUAGACAAAAAAGGAAAAUGCGAAUGUCAUAUAAAAUUACCUUGUGAAUGUGGAGCUAAAACUGUUGAAGAGUGUGUUUGUUCGAAAUUGGAUAAAAUCUGUAUCUGUCAUAACGGAAAGCCACAAACAUCAUGUAUUUGCAAAGGUAGUGACGUGUGCGUGUGCCAUCCUGAUGGUCACAAUCAGCCAAUAUGUGUUUGCGAUAAUAUUGAUAAACCGUGUGUAUGUUAUCCAGGUAAAUUUCCAAAUUCUGUUUGUAUAUGUAAACAUAAACCUAAAUAUAUUGUGGAUAUGAAAUCAGUUACUGGAGAGGAGGAAAAUCAAACAGAGAAACAGGGUGUAGGGAACGAUGUUAAAGACGAAGAACCUUGUGAUUGUCAGAAUUGUCAGAAUUGUAAAACAGAGGACUCAAAAUCGAUUUGUAGCUGUCCUAUUCUACCUGAGUGCAAUUGCGAUGUAAAAUCACUGGGAGAAUGUACAUGUUUUCCAAAACCACUUUGCACAUGUGGUGAUCCAGGUAAGUGUAAAUGUUUUGUUAUUUGUGAAUGUAUAGCUCCUUGCAUAUGUGACACAAAGAAAGUCGAUAUAGAAUGCAUUUGUCUCGACAAAACUGAAGAGGAGGCUACUUUCACCUGUCCACAUAAAAAAGAGAUAUCAAAUAAAAUAAAAAGAGUAAGAGAUGGGAAAUAUGGUUAUAGAUGGUGCCACGACGUUGAUCCACGUCACACUUAUUUUGAUUACGGAUAUGGUAGACAUGAUGAAAUUUCAUAUAAAUUUCAAGAACAAGAGAAACUGAAAAUAUUAGGUCUUUAUGAAGAAAAUAAAGAAGAGGUUUCUUCGUCUCAUGAAAUACGGGUUCCAGCGUAUGAAAAGAAAACUAGAAAAGCUUCUGUUGAUUGCUGCAGUGCUGUUGGAGGAAUAAGCAUCUCAGUAGAAGUACUUGGUGAAGACAAAGAUAAGUUUUUGGUACAAGUGGUAUCUCAUUCUUCAAAGGAAGGAGCGAAAACAGGAUCAAAGCUCGUUAGCAUUUUAGACUGUAAUCUUCACACGAUGGAGGAAAACAGAACUGAACAUAUUACAAAAAAGAACAUAACUAAGGAGCGUCGAAAUUACAUGACAAUAUGCGAAAGUGGUUAUUACAACAAAGUAACUCGCAUUUGUGGGGAGCGACAUAUUGUUAAGCGCUUUUAUCAUACUUUUGAAGAAGCUCAUGAUUUCUUACUUGAAGGUGCUAAUGUGGUAAUUCUAAGAUACUUCGGUCUACGGCGCUAUAGGGGAAACAUCAAAACUGCAACUGUUUUGAUGGAUGGGACCUUAUGCGAGAGUAUAUAUGUAUGCCACGGUGUCAGUCAAGCUAUUGUUAAUAGCAAACCCCUGUUUGUUGUUAAGGUGGAACGUCACAUCAUAGAGCCAUCUGGUUGUAUUCAUCAAACUCUAACUGUUCUUACACUUAGAGGUUAUAUUGUUAGUCAUGAGUGGGCAGAUAAUAGUUACAUAUUGCAUUUGAAUCCGCUUUUGCGGAUUAUUCCUGAAAAAGACGAAAUUGAACAACACGCCCCACUGCGAGAAAACUGGCGUCAAGAUCUUCAAUUGUUGUCUGAUUAUUUAGACUUCAAGAGUACUCGAACAUCAGAGGGCGCCAGGUACGUAACCGAAAAUGGCGCCCUGACGGAGACGGUCCGUGAUUACCUGCAGGCUCUGUUACUGUUGAAACCUCACGAUGCUCUCCACUUCACCAGACAAUAUUUCAGUGGGGUAUUGUCAGCUUUGGAUCUGCCUCACGACGAAUAUUUUGACCCUACAGCAAAGCAUGUCAGAUAUUACUUUUUUGAGGAAUAAAUAUAUCCUGAUUUCAUAUACGAAAAUAAUUUUAUAGUUCCUACCAUUGUUUUUGACAUACAAGUAUUAUGAAUUUUUAAAUUGUUUGUACAUAUAAAUAGUA